GUGUAAAGCUGUUGAACAGCCUCAUCAGGGUGGGACACUCCACCAUCAGGGUGUGCUGUGUCAUCUGAACUCUGAUCCUUCGGGACAACUCACAACAACUGGGCUGUGUUUUGGUUGUAAGCUUAUAGGACGAGGAAUUUCAACUGGUAUUUUUCAAACACGUUGUUAGCAGAUGGUGCGUUGUCCCAGUGAAGAGGAAGGUUAGGUGUGUGUGUGUGUGUGAGAGAGAGUUCCACAGUAAGCUGAAACAGCUCAGCCUUACUGGACUAGGACAGUGAGUGUGUCAGCAGACGGAUGUUUGUGAGGCCGCUAGUAUGGACGUCUGCUACACUCAUUCAUACAAUAUGCACUGUUUGUGGGAUAACAUGCCCUUGAAGAAGAUCUGUUGUAUUGGUGCCGGAUAUGUGGGAGGUCCAUCAUGUGCGGUCAUCGCAUACAAGUGUCCGAACCUGGAAGUCGAGGUCGUUGACCUGAGCCAGGAAAGAAUUGACCAGUGGAACUCUGAUGACCUGCCUAUUUUUGAGCCGAGAUUGUACGAGGUUAUCCAGGAAUGUCGAGGCAGAAACCUCAAGUUCUCCACCAACAUCGACCAAGCCAUCCAGGAGGCGGAGCUCAUCUUUAUUUGUGUCAACACACCUACCAAGAACUAUGGCAUUGGCAAGGGCCGGGCUGCUGACCUUAAGUACAUAGAGUCUGCUGCCAGAAGGAUAGCUGCUGUUGCCAAUAGCUCCAAAAUCGUGGUUGAGAAGAGCACCGUCCCGGUCAAGGCGGCAGAGAGCAUCACAGAUAUCCUCAAGGCAAAUGUGAAGAAAGGUGUUAAGUACCAGGUAUUGUCUAACCCAGAGUUCCUGGCAGAGGGUACAGCUAUCAAGGAUCUCCUUAAUCCAGACCGUGUGCUGAUUGGUGGAGAGGAGACCCCAGAUGGGAGGGAGGCCAUUAAUGGCCUGUGCUGGAUUUACGAGCACUGGGUACCUCGGGAACAGAUCAUCACUAUGAACACCUGGUCCUCGGAGCUGUCGAAACUGGCAGCCAAUGCAUUCCUGGCACAGAGGAUCUCCAGCAUCAAUGCCAUGUCAGCUGUAUGUGAAGCAACAGGGGCAGAUGUUUCUGAAGUGGCAAAUGCCAUUGGAACAGACAGCAGAAUCGGGCCCAAGUUCCUGCAGGCUAGCAUAGGUUUUGGCGGUAGCUGUUUCCAGAAAGACGUCCUGAAUCUGGUGUACCUCUGUGAGUGCCUCAACCUGCCCGAGGUGGCCGCCUACUGGCAACAGGUUAUCAACAUCAAUGACUUCCAGAGACGAAGAUUUGCAAACAGGGUCAUAGAAUGUCUGUUCAACACAAUCACAGGCAAGAAUAUUGCCAUCCUCGGCUUUGCCUUCAAGAAGGACACGGGAGAUACAAGGGAAUCAGCAGCAAUCUAUCUGUGCAAGUAUUUAAUGGAAGAGGGAGCCAAAUUACGGAUAUACGACCCUCAGGUUAAACACACACAGAUUAUUAGUGAAUUAACAGAACCUGCCAUGUCUCAAGACCCUGAAACAGUCUCGGAUUUAGUGUCGAUCCACCAAGACCCCUACACAGCGUGUGAUAACUGCCAUGCUCUGGUCAUAUGUACGGAGUGGGAUGAGUUCAAGCACCUGGACUACCAGCAGAUCUACAAGAAGAUGUUGAAGCCAGCCUUUGUGUUUGAUGGGAGGAUGAUCAUCAAUCACCAAGCCCUCAUAGACAUUGGUUUCCAUGUGGAGACGAUAGGCAAAAGACUCACUCGCAAAAACGUCAACCGACAAGUUGCUCCAGCUGCUCAGUAGGCUGGACCGACAGCAUCUCCGUCCAAGCCUUGAUACAGAGGCGUCCCAGAGUAUUCUAGGGGUAGUCUCGGGAUAGUCUCGGAUUAGUCACGGAUUAGUCACGAGGUAGUCUCGGGAUAGUCCCAGGGUAGUCCCGGGGUAGUCUCGGAUUAGUCCCGAGGAGGUCUCGGGAUAGUCCCGGGGUAGUCCUGGGGUAUUCUUGGGGAAACCUCGGGGAAGUCUUGGGGUAGUUCCAUGGUAGUCUUGGGGUAGUCCCAGUUGGUAACAGUCCCACAUCUUUCUAGCAAAGUUUGUCCAGAUCUUUCUUUUCCUCGUAAUUUUUCUUCACCAGUUACUUACUUAAAAAGGCAUUAUGCUUAGAUUUGCAGUGUCACAUCAUUCACAAUCUGCAUUCUACCAUGACAUUUUGGUUGCAUUCUGACUUUACCACCAUUACUGCUCAAUCUACGUUUAAAUGAUUUUGCUGCUGACUGCAUUAUCAUGAAAGAUACAUUUAUUCAAACUGAGCCAUUUCAUAAUUUCAGAUACUGAUCAUACUAAUAAGGUAAUGCACUUCCUACACUGUUUAUAAGAGGAAUGUAUUCAGCAGGAGAACUUGACAAACACGUAGGAAGGAAGUGUAUUGUAAAAAGGUAAAAUCAAUAACUGACAUUUCUUACUACUCGGUCACAUACUUCCCAUCUGUAGAGGGGAACUGGGGUAGCCUAGUGGUUAUAGCGUUCACUUGUCACACCAAAAACCUGGGUUCCAUUCCCCACA